AUGCACAAUCUCCUUGAUAUGGUUCAAAAUUUGGAGUUAGUCGUGCGAGAGUACCGAAAUAACGAAUUACUUGCACAAUUUAGAUCACUCCAUGGGAUGCCGAUUAUGACAACUUGUUUGGAUCCUCUUGAAAAGCAUGCUGCAGAUGUAUACACACGGGAGAUAUUCGUUGAUGCAAAGAAGAAAAUAGUGGGUGUCGGUGCAGUUAAUUUUGUAGCCAAGAUUAGACAUUCAACUACAAUGGUGUACACAUUGGAGGAAUAUGGCGACCCAGGUAGAGAGAUGAUGGUGUUAUACAAUAGGGUUUUAAGGAAAAUGGAGUGCCGAUGCAAUUUUGGGAGCCAAAAGGGAAUUCCUUGUUGUCCCAUGUUUUUUGUAAUGAAGCAUGAGCAUUUGACUCAAAUUUAUGAAAGGCUGGUACUGAAGAGGUGGCGCAAGGAUGCAAAGACGUUGGAUAAAUAUGCCGAGAUAACGGAAGUUGGUAGUGAAAGGAGUUUCUUGCUGCGCCAUGGUGCAUUUCAUGUAGCCGUACAGUGGAUGCUAUAUGUUGGAGCCAGGAGCCCAUCGUCGUUCACACAUGCUCUUAACGGUCCCCAUACAUCGUGUCAGGAACUGGAUAGAGGCCAUGACAAUGUCUGUCAGAAGAAAGCACACGAUAGGAUUGAUUUACAUGACCCUGAUGUGGUGAAGACCAAGGGUGUCCCUCGUGUUAGGAGGCAGGGCGGACGGAAGAGGCGCUGCAUUCGUUGCCGGAAAAUAGGGCACUACAAUGCAGACCGUGCCUUUGUUUCAAAAGCUGAAGACAACAAAGAUUUUGAGGCAACAAAUUUAGGGUCGGAGGGGUCAUCGCCAACGAAAAGGGUGAAAACGCCGCAUAUCCUUUCUUAA